CAUCCGAACAUGAUUCAAGCUACAGUGUUUAAAUAUUAGUAAUGUGCCAAUUGUAGGAUUUGAUGAAUAUAAUUAACUUAUACUCGUGAACAUAUUUAUGAAAAUAUUGCACGGACUACAAUUCAUGGUUUCGUAACUUAUUUCUGAUACAAGGAAGUAUUAACACUGCAUUUCACAAUGGAGUAGUUUUUGUAUACGAUUCAAGUAGUUUCGCGUAUUGCGUUUCAGUUGAACAAAAUUUUCACAAAGGAGGAUUGAUUAAACAUUCGUAACAAUUAACAAGGUGAUAAGUCUUUCUUGACAUUCAGGUGGAAGUAUUUCAAUUAUUAACAAACUAUCAAACAAAAUGGUGACAUAAAACUCAAAUACAAGAUGGUGUGGUCAAAGCACGUGGCCAAUUAUAUUAAGGUUCAAGUUGUGUAUAGCCAUGCUAAGACGUGUCUGGAAAUUGGGCAGUCAUUUAGUGAGAAGAAGCUCCAAUAUCUCCGAAAAAAAUGGAAUUACUACGCAUUUUAUGGCGACCCGGCUUUCAUACUUGGAAUCGACAAUGAUGAAAAGAAAGAUGGGUUGAGGUGUCUUCUACAGUGUUUGCGUUGUCAAAAAGAACUUGCGCGACACUGCAUACUGACCACAGAUGACCAGCAGCCGACAAGCCUCUUUAACGAACAAUGUUUCAGGCUUCUUCGAGAGUGGAUAUCAUCGGCGCCUUCUGGGCAUCUGAAUCUUCUAUCUAAGAUGUAUGACAAUAUUGUCGCAGAGUUUAAUCGCAUUGACCACGGAGACUCAACUGAUCAUGAACGUGCGCUAUAUAUUACAUACCUUGAAGGAAUAAAAACGUUCGAUUCAGAAAAAGGGUGCAGUUUGAAACACCACUUUAAGAGUUCUGAUACAAAAAAAGAAAUUGACAGCUACGGGGAAAAAAGAUGGCAACGCACAGAUAUACGGGCAGUUACAUAUGAUAGUGACGGGAGUAAUAAAACAGUCAUUGUUGUUCCAAAAGAUGCUUAUUUUGAUGAAGCCAGCAAUGGACAAAACAGAAAUGAUGUUGCAAAGACCGUGACUAUUAUGGACAAAAGUCUUAUAUUACUAGACACUUGGUUUAAAGGGCUUGACAAUGUGGAUGCUGAAAGAAAGCUUAUGCGUAGUCUGGUUAGCUUUAUUGAUGAGCAGUUGAAGAGUCUAUGGAAAAGCUUGAGCGAUGAAUUCGUGAAUGGAAAUUUAACUGGACAAUCAAGUCAACCGGAGCUGUUUGCAACGCUGAACAAAAUAUGCAGUGACAGCUGCAAUACAAUAAAGGCUAUCAAGGAACGUUUUAUCGCCAAAUUAAGGAAAGAUAUGGCCCUGGAGAGAGCCUUCAUCAGACAAAAAGGACAAGAGCAACUGCACAAGCUUCAAUUCAUGUCCUUUUUCGAAGAAGACGUCCAUCACUUUGAAGCUGACAUUGAUGAGCAGAGAAAGGAUGCUAUGGCGAAAAUUGGUCUGGAAAUAAACCGAUCCCAUCCUUCACCAGACUGUCAUCAAGAAAAGGAAAAAUGACUUAUAAGUGACAUACGCGUCGGUAGUGCUGCACUUAAGAUUGCGUUCAAUCAAAACGAAGCUGUUUCAAUAAUACUUUUAGGUCGAUUGUAGUUGUACACAAAUCUUAGUGUCAUAAUUUCGUAAAUUGAUACAAACUUGUUUCCAAUGAACUUUAGCCAGUAUUAAAAUGAACAUUUAGUUUAAGAAUGGAAAGUCGAAUUAUUCUAGUUAUGACAUAAUCCUUAAAUGAGAUGGAUCUCAGCUGUUUUCUUGGUUUAAAGAUACAUGUACUGGUGCUUCUGAAAAUUGUCAUUUCCUGUUUUGAAAAGGAUAUUUUAACAACAAUAAUGUCAUUUAGUUUUUUUCUUCACAAGAAUAACGCUUUCAGAAUAAUUGCAUCUCAGUUUAAAUUGGUAACAAAAGUAAUCAGUUCGUUUGUUUGAGCAAAGGGAUAUAUUUUUUCCAUAUCUAGGGAUUUUGUUACAGUUUGUGCACUGCCGUUCGUUGUUUAAUGUUAGAAACAAAACCUUCACCGGCUUUAGGCUCUUUGUGGAACAGCUGACCAAGUCAGGUGAUGAGCUCAUACAACUAAUAAGAUAUAAGGCUAUAUAGAUAUAUAUAGGAUAUUAGUAUAAGCGUAGUGAUAGGCUGGAAUAUAACCACUAGGGUUGUGAAAGGCUUAUACAGACUUUACGGUAGUUGUUGGCUUUAGUAAACAUAAGUGUAUGACUUUGCAGUAGGCUAAUAUUUGUCAAAUGCAAUGUUUAACAAACAUGAUUUAUGUAGUUACCUUAAUCUAUUUAAAAAUUAUGAUUAACAUGUAAUGUCUGUGUCUGAUCAAUGAGUACUUGAAGUUGAUAAAAUAAGUUUGUUUUCUGCAUUGUUUGCCUUCAAGUGAGGAGGAUUGUGUGUUUAGUUCUGCACUUAAGGAUAAUUGCUUAACGCUUGCAAACCACUUCAAGCUCCCACUGAGUUUUUUCAUAGUGUUUACUGACAAUGCUAGUACGGUUAGUCCAAUAUUUACCACUGACGGUAAAUAACAUUAUGACAAAUGACACUUUUAUUCAAAAUGAAUACAUACACAUGUGUAUCAAACAUAAAUUUUGAGUGAUACACCUUUAACUUCUUACUGAAUAAUGCAUUUAUAGAAGUUAUUACUUACUGUUAACCAGAUUGUAACCGUAUAUUCAAUAGCUGAAAACCCAAACAUAUUAAAUGAUUGGUGAAUGCUAUAAAAGUAGAAAAACCGUGUUUUCUGCACCUUUUUUCAAAUUAAACUCGGUAUCCUUUAUAAGAACCAUUGUUUUCGACAUUUAUUCAUCAUUUUCGGUAUAUUAAAACAAUUGUAGUAAUUGUGGUAAAUCUUAUUUUUUGAGUUAGAAUGCAUCUUUUAUGCUUGUUGUAUUUAGCAUUGGGUAAUUUGCUUGGUGUUUGUUUAGCAUUGAUGUUCUUGCCUUUAAAGUCAUAUUGGUCCAAAAUUAAGAUACACAUCUUUUCCUUGUAGUUUCCAUUGUUUUUAAUUAAAGAAACGUGUGUUUCUGUGUUGGAGUUGCAUUAAAGGUCUCAGAAGAUUUGAUACAAGGUACUGGCGUUCAAGAGGUAAACUAUUGUCCACUUGUCGUAUUUUCAUCAGUUUUUGACAGGAGGCUUUAGCUAGAAUUUGAUGUGUGUUCGUUUUAGCAAGAAUACUGUCAGUACUUGUAUUUUAUGUCUGAUGAGAUCACUUAUAUGAAACAAGCCCAGUAGACAAACGUUUAAACAUUAACCCCGCACAGAGUGAACGCCAAAGACAUAGAACACAAAAACAAAAAAUCACAACUAAGAAACAUGGAACAACAGCACAAAACUCCACAAAAAAAACAACACAAUGCAUAUACACUUCAUAAAAACUAGAUGUUUUAUCAAGGAUUGUUAGGUUCCACUAUGGAGAUAAUUGUCUCAAAUUAAUUACUCAAACAACUGGAAAAUAUGGCAUAAAAAGUCCGAGAUCGCAAUUUAAAGUUGUGAAACUUACAGUUGAUUAACUACAGGUGUUUUGACAUUAUUUUCAAAUGAUGUCACACAAGUUAUUGCCUUUUCCAGGCUUAUUUAAACUAUACGUGCAUUUGUACUUAUUUCUUUACGGUUUUUGCACAAUGUAAGGGCUUUUAAUAGUAUAUUCUAUGUAAUAACAGCGCAAUUUUAACCUGUUGAGGUCUUAACCAUCCGCCAAGACCAUUCCUAUGCUUUACAGUACUCAAGCUACGUGAUGAGGUUAUAAAGAAUUUAGCGGGCCAUUGCAAAUUUAACGACCUCAGAUAGGUGUAUUGUUAUUGAUCAAUUAAUUGAUUAACUGACAGUAUAUUUUGAAUACUAAGGUCGUUGUAUGGCUCUUGCUUUGUUAGUUAAGUUGCAAUUACAUGCACCUCAUUUUGUAAAGUGUUUAUUUAAGUUAUGAUCAAAACCUAAUUUAUAGCUUGUCGGUGUUUCGGAGGACAAAGGUAUUGCCAUAAAUUUGGUGUGGUUGUCGGCGACGUUGUGCUCAAUUUUUUACCUUUGCUCCAACUCAAAAUCCAUACUGGUGUUCAACGGAAACUUGGAACACGUUAUGCCAGAAGCAAUACGCACAUAUGUCAAACAGGAAAUGAAGAAAUAGUGUAUCAACGGCGUUUGCUCCGCGGGGCUUUGUUUGAAUUUUGAUUUGUUCACGCUUUAAAAGGAAUGAUUGAUUUAUCGUUUGACUUCUAAAUGAUACUUCCAUAAAAAAGCCAUGUUGCGCGGACAAUUGAGAUUUCCGAAAACAUUUAUUUGUUUUUCUUAUAUUUGGUGGGUCAUAUUGUCUUGUAACGUCUGCACAUCGAAGUAUAAAACGUAUCCGGUAAACAUAGUCGCUGAUGCGUGGCUUUAUUAUUUUUGAUGUUAUUUGAUAUUUGUCGAUGAGUUCACCUGUUUGUAAUGUAAAAUGCUAAUUACUAAAACGUAUCCGGUAAACAUAGUCGUUGAUGCGUUGUGAUAAUUGAUUUUCAGUAAAUUUUGUUCGUAAUUUUAAGUGAUAAUAUUUUUGAUAUUGCGCAACUAUUAAUUCUGCAUAUUGCCAUGACUUUAUGUGACGAGUCUUGUAAAUUUGCAUUUUACUGACCGUUCCAAGGCGGUACCUAAUCAUCCUUGAUAAACACACCAAGUAUUUAGGUAUAUAUAUAUAGUAUAUUGUGCUGUGUUGCCUGUGGAAUUUGUGCUAUUGUUCCAUGCUUCUGGUUUGUGAUUUUUUUUGUGUGUGUUCUAUUUCUUUCGCGUUGACCCUGUGCCAUUAAACGGGGUUUUUGUUUCAACGUUCGGCUACUGUACUUGUUUCUGUAGUUUUUUUCAUAUGAAACAACACUCAUUCUGAGAUAAAUAGUAAAGGUAAUAAUAAUAAGUUUUACUAUCAACACACAAUACAAAUCGCAAAAUACGGUAGUGCGUAUCACACUCUGAUGACUUCAGGUUAUAAAAGUAUUAUUACGCGAUGUUGAAAUCACGUCAUAUAAUGACAUUGAAAUCAGUUCUCAACACUAUAAGAAUGUUUCAAACAAUACCUGUAACUUUAAAAAAAAAUGCAUUAGGUACUCUGAAUUGUAUUCCUACUUCUGCAGAUAGAGUUUGGACCCCUAUUCAUAUACAAAUGCUUGGGGUUUACCUAUAAUUGUUAUUAUUAUUUGUUUUAUUCUUAAAUGGACUAAACACCAGAUGAAACCAUUGGAAGAAAAAAAAGAAAAUUGUCAAAAACUUUCAUUAAAUUGAUAUUGUUGUGUACAACGCAUUGAAUCUUACUUACUGAUUUAUCACAUCGCGUACGACACAUGUAUCUUCCGCAGUUUUUCCGUAUUUUUCCAAUUCGAAAUUUACUUGGUUUGUCAACUACGUAAAUCACAAUAAAUUUACAAAUAGCGUCGGCAUUUGUAUCUGUAUUACUCACGUAAAUUUACAUGCUAAAUAUAAACACUAUAAAAUGGAAAAACCAUUGUGGGCUAUUUUUAAACGGGUAAGCUCAGAUGAGACAGCGACGAAAUAUUCUUUUAAUCAUGUAAAAUGAUGUAUGAUCGGCCUCAUACUAGUUCGUAUUGAUAAUCCUAUGAUUGUUUUGAGGUAAAACUGUAUUUGAAUUUGGAGACCAUAUGAUGUCUAGUCCCUUUAAGUUUCCUCAAGUUAACGCAUACUUUUACCAUUUACGUUUUUACUUUAUUCGAGAUUGUUGGAGUUGGGCUGCGCACACAUUUUAGUCUAAACCACUAGUACAUUUACAUUUUCCUGACCAUUAAAAGGCCGUACAUAACAAUCCUUUAUAAACACCCCUUAUUGUAUAAACUACAUAUGAAGUGUGUAGUUUGUGAAUAUUUGUAUUGUUUUUCCGUGUUUCUGGUCUGUGAAUGAUGGAUUUUCUGUUCUGUGUUAUUGGUGUAGACCAUAUUUCAUUGAACGUUGUAGUUGUACUUUGUCAUAUAAAUAUUUAUAAGGGAUUUAACCAGUAAUGUAUAUACAAAAAGGGUUAUUAUUGGUGCGUUUUGAUCCGGGGUAUUGUAUUCGACUCUAGUGGAUGUUUGCAGACUGUGAUCUCACUCAGCUUGCGCCUCCUGAUAUCCGAGUCCAAAAAACCCUAUAGUGUCGAAUCCAGCCUUCAAGAUCAGAAAGCAGUACUAAUAACCAUAUUUUACAUUUAUUCAACUACUUUUAGUGAAAAAUACAUCAUGAUUUUUACAAAAAUGGGAUUUUUCCCUUCUUUUUAGUAAAACUCACGAGUCUUACCAAUAUCUAUAAUCGAUUGGUGCAAAACAUAACAUGUCCAACUAAAUCAAACUGUAUGGUUAUCAGGACGCUCUAUGCAAGCCAAUUAACUAAAUUUAACAAUUAAUGGCAUAGUCUUUGAAAAUGUUAACGGCAAAAAUUGCUUAGAAUCUAUAUCGAUAAUAAUCUAAAAUGGCAUUCUCAAAGACUUUGUUUGCAAAAAACUCAAUUCGAAAAUUUAUCUCCUAAAGAAUCUCCCCACAGAUGAGAUGAAACGUAUAUUUUAUAAUGCAUAUAGUUAUACUCUCAUCAUUUAUUAUCGCUAUCAUAUUUUGGUCAAGGACAAUAAUGGUUACAUAAAUAAAGUACCAACUUUGCAAAAAUCGGCUGGGAAAAAUCCUUUAAAGAUCAAAACGUUCACGAUUCCAUGGAUAAGUGCAUGAACUUAAAUUGUUAACCUUUAAACACCGAUAAAAUAACUCUCUUUGUUUUACGACUAUUACUGACAUGGUCAAUGUCUAUGUGAUAGAGUUACUUAAUUUAGCAUUCACUUCGAUCAGUUUUAAAACUUGAUCUGUUUAACGAAAAUACUGCAAAAUAAUUGUUUUAAGGACUCCUUUUCUUAUUGUAGUAGGAAAGUAUGGAACGAAAUUACUGAUGACAUAAGGAAUGCAAAGAAGUUAACAACCUUUAAAUUCAAAUAUAAAUCACAUCUUUUGAAUAGUACAUACCAUUGGGUACGUUGCAUUAUACUCCUGCUAAAUUAUUUGAACAUAUUUAAUUGUGAAUGACCGAGUGUCUGUCGGUGAGUGUAUGAACUAAAUUGUACUUAAUUUUGUUUCAUUAUAAACAGAAAAAAUUGUAUGUACAUGUGUAUAUCCUAUUCAUUAAACUGUGAUUUAAUUGUGAUGUUAUAAUGUUUAUGUUUUAAACUUUAUUGACAUACAUUUGUUUCACAGAAGGCCACAUUGUUAACAUUAUGUUCUUAUAUUUUUGUAGGUAAUUAUAUCUUAGAAUACAACCUGCAUUCUCAGCUAGUAAAAUUACAGAUAGGCAUUCAUUAAGUACUACGCUUAAUCAUUAAGAAUUUAAACUUUCGGGGGUGUUUGAAAGGUCCGCCUACUGUCAAUCAUCCGAUGCAUCUCCCCGCGUAAGAUUUUGCGUAUACAAUUUGUCAGCAAAUGAGGUUGCAUUCUAAGUCAGUUACCUGAAGUAAUAUUUUAAUGAUUAAAAAAGGGCUCGUUCGCUACGCUCACUCCGCCCAUUCUUAAUAAUUAAAAUCUUACUUCAUGUCAUCUAUUAUUACAUAUUGUCUUUAAACUUUCUAAAAAACGAAGAUGUUAUUAUUAUAUUUUUAUUAUCUUUUCCCAUUUACUUAAUUCAUUUAUUGCAUUCAUAAUUUUGAAAAAAAAAUCAUAAAUGUAAUUCUAUAAACAAAACGUAAAGUUUGUUUAUUAUUCCAGUUAAUAAUACCUUUUCAUAUUUGACUGAACUGGUUUCAACAAUUUAUAAAGCAUAUCUAGGUUCUAGUUUAAAUAUUGUUAAGUACAUAAAGUCAUUGCCAAAGUUCUUUAGAAAUACAUUAUCAAUAGCAUUAGCAAAAUAAUCAGAGGGACACCUUUCGAAAUAAGUGAUAUCAGUCGUUGUUAUCAGUUAUCCGACGAAAGAAUAUCAUUUUGGUGUGCUUUUUUAUUGUUUCAUACACAAUUGUUUUUAUGCGUAAUUUUAAUGUACCACAUACUUUUAUGCUAUGCAAUCAAUCUGGCUUCAUUUGUAAUUUUAUUGCACAUGUAUAUGAAUGUAAUUGUGUAUGCAAGAUUGUCUGAAAUAAAUAAAAAAAAAUC